UUUGUCUUUUAAUUACCAAGUAGCCAUCACCCAGUUAAGUUAAGACCCAACCACAUUGUUUAUGAAACCAAAAUCAAUGGAGAGUUUUGAAAUGCUGGGUGUAUACCUUUGCUUCCUCUGUUUUUUAUCCAUGUCCUCCACUCUGGAGAUGAUUACUCCGACCCAACCCCUGAGAGAUAGUAAGAAUGAGAAUGAAACUCUUGUCUCAACAAAUGGAACCUUUGAAGCAGGAUUCUUCAGCCCUGAAAUUGAUUCCCUUAGGCGUUACCUAGGAAUUUGGUACAAAAACAUCUCCCCCAGAACGGUUGUUUGGGUGGCCAACAAAGAAAACCCACUUCUAGACCACUCUGGAGUCUUAAAAAUUUUUUAUGGGGAUGUUUAUAUCACAGACGGCACAGGAGCCAUAAUAUGGUCCCCAAAUAACACAGCAUACGAUUCAGUCGCUAUGGAGUUGUUGGAAUCAGGAAACAUGGUUGCGAAAGAUGUUAAUAACAAGAUUUUAUGGCAAAGCUUUGAUUACCCUGAUGAUACUUUACUUCCAGGAAUGAAACUUGGAAUGGACUUGCGAACUGGUCAUCAACGAGCUCUAACAUCUUGGAGAUCCUACAACGAUCCUGCUCCAGGUGAAUUUUCAUUUAGGGUUCAUACUGGUGGCCUUCCUCAAAUAGUUAUCACAAAGGGUUCUAGUGAUGACAUAGCUAAUAGAGCAGCAGUUUAUAGACCAGGGUCUUGGAAUGGUCUUAGUCUGAAUGGAGGAGUAGCAGGAGAAAGAAUUUACCCGUUAAUCAAAUCCCUUUUUGUUAUGAACAAGGAUGAAAUCUCGUAUGAGAUUCAAGCCUUGGAUAGUUCAACUCUACUGAGAAGCAGAUUGCUCCCUGAUGGACAUCUAAUACGAUUUAUAUGGUUAGAUGGGUAUAAAAGAUGGGACACGGUAUACGCUGCUUCAUUUGAUGAGUGCGAGAGAUAUGAUAUGUGUGGUGCAAAUAGUAUUUGCAUUGGGAGUGGAGCACAUCAACACUGCGAAUGCUUAGGUGGAUUCCAAACCUACUUUUCAGAAUCAACUUGUUAUCGAACUACACCUCCAGAUUGCAACCAGGGAGAUAGUUUUCAGAAGUACGAAGGGGUGAAAUUGCCAGACACAUCUUCAUCUUGGUACAGUGACACAAUCAGUGUUGACGAAUGCCAGAAAUUGUGCUUGACUAACUGCUCUUGUAGUGCAUAUUCUCAUUUGAAUACCAGUGCCAACGGAACAGCCUGCGUGUACUGGCUUCAUGACAUUGUUGACGUCAGGACACUACCAGAGAAUGGACAUUAUUUUUAUUUGCGAAUUGCACCUUCAAAAUUUCAAGGUCACGCCUUCAACAUGCAGAAAAGAGAUCAAGCCUUCGACAGGAGGAAGAUCGGAGGAAUUGUAGUAGGCGGUACUAUAUUCAUCAUUGUUAUUGUAGUAUUUGGGUUCAUAUUUUUUCUCAAGAGGAAUAAACUCAAGCAAUCAGCAGAAACAAACUAUUGGACGGACAAGAACAAGAAAAAUGACAUUGAUUUACCAAUGUUCGACUUUUUAUCCAUCUCCAAUGCUACAAAUAACUUUUCUGAGAGUAAUAAAUUGGGACAAGGGGGAUUUGGACCAGUGUACAAGGGCAUAUUAUCAGAUGGGCAAGAAAUUGCAGUUAAGAAGCUUUCAAAAACUUCGCGACAAGGUUUGGACGAGUUCAAAAAUGAAGUAAUGUUGAUUACAAAACUUCAACACUGCAAUCUUGUAAAGCUUCUCGGUUGUUCUAUUCAGCAAGAUGAAAAGAUACUAAUUUAUGAAUUCAUGCCAAAUAGAAGCUUGGAUUACUUUAUUUUUGAUUCAACAAGAAGUUCAUUAAUUGGUUGGGCUAAGAGAUUUGAAAUUGUUGAUGGAAUUGCCAGAGGACUCCUCUAUCUUCACCAAGAUUCUAGACUAAAAAUCAUUCAUAGGGAUCUCAAGACCGGUAAUGUUCUUCUUGAUAGUAAUAUGAAAUCAAAAAUAUCAGAUUUUGGUAUGGCUAGGACAUUUAGCCCGGAUCAAGAUGAAGCAAACAAAAAUAAAGUGAUGGGAACAUAUGGUUAUAUGUCUCCCGAAUAUGCUGUACAUGGAUCAUUUUCAAUCAAAUCAGAUAUAUUCAGUUUUGGGGUGAUUGUAUUGGAGAUAAUCAGUGGGAGGAAGAAUAGAGGAUUUCGUGACCCACACAAUGAGCUAAAUCUUCUUGGACAUGCAUGGAGACUAUGGAUUGAAAAAAGGCCCAUGGAACUAAUGGAUGGCUCGGUGAACAGUCAAGUUGAACUAUCAAAAAUGUUAAGAUAUAUUCAUAUUGGUUUGUUAUGCGUACAACAUAGAUCAGAGGAUAGGCCAACCAUGUCUUCCGUAGUUUUAAUGUUGAAUAGUGAAAAUUUAUUGCCUGAGCCAAGUCAACCUGGAUUUUACCCAGGAACAAAUAAGUUGACCAUGACAGAUUCUUCUCCAAGAAAUUAUGAUGUGUAUUCUCUCAACAAAAUAUCUGAGACAUUAUUUGAGGCAAGAUAGAAAAGUUUCCUACCACAAAUCUCUACUAGUAUUACUAUUAUGUGUGCAAGAAUAUUAUUCAAUUUGAAUGUGAGAUCACAAUUUUGUAAUCAUAACAUGCUAUAAUUU